GAGAAUCAAGUGAAUUAAUUAUUGUUGAGUUGCAGGAUGGUGUUGCAAGGGUUGAAGCCAAUAAUGCUAAUGGUGUUGGUGCAGAUAACAUUUGUGGUGGUGAAUGUGUUGUACAAGAUGGCCAUCAAUGAUGGAAUGAGCAUGAGGGUUGCUACUGCUUAUCGCCUCAUAUUUGCUUCUGCCUUCACUCUCCCCGUUGCUCUCAUUUUUGAUACCAACAACAACAACAAUAAGCCCAAGAUUACUCCAAGGGUGCUUCUUUUGGAAUUUCUUUGUGGAUUAUUUGGCGGAACGUUAUUUCUGAACUUUUACUUCGCGGCAUUGGCUUUGAUGCCAGCAACGUUUGUGUUGGCCAUCCUUAAUCUUUGUCCAGCUGUCACCUUCAUCAUGGCCAUAACCUCAGGUUUGGAAAAGUUGAAUUUGGGAGCGGCAGCAGGGAAGGCGAAAGUAAUAGGAGCAAUAACCGGAAUCAGUGGUGCAAUGGUGUUGACGUUUUACAAAGGCAAACAAAUUGAUACAUGGUCUUCUUCUUCUUCCCAUAUCAACCUUUUGCAUCAUGCACAUGGCCCUGAUUAUGGUAACAAAUUCUUGGGUUUUUCAUAUGCAACUGCAAGCUGCUGCUCUUUUGCAUUGUGGCUCAACAUUCAGGCUAAGUUGAAUCAAGAAUUCCCCAGGCACCACACAGGUACAGCUCUUAUGUGCACUAUGGCCGCACUACAAUCCACUCUCUUUGCUCUCUCUCUUGAUAGGGAUUGGGCCUCCCAAUGGAAGCUUGCUUGGAAUAUCAGGCUCCUCACUGUCGCUUAUUCCGGAAUUGUGACGUCUGGAAUUGUGGUUAAUAUUAUUGCAUGGUGCGUGCAUAUGAGAGGCCCUCUAUUUUGCUCUGUUUUCAAUCCUCUGCAGCUUGUGCUUGUGGCCAUAGCUGCUUCCUUCUUGUUGAAUGAGAAUUUAUAUUUAGGAAGUGUGAUUGGAGGAGUGUUGAUAGUGAGUGGGCUAUACACAGUGCUUUGGGGAAACAGCAGAGAAACCAAACACAAGAUUCAGAUUCACACUCAGUUAUCAGAAGAAAUCACAAGAGAUCCUCUUCAAGUUAUUGUUAUGUCCCCGCAGAAACAACAACAAAACUCAUCAUCAAAUUCAGAAUUGCCCUCCUCAUAAUAAUGGGGGAAAUAAAAGGCGUUACUCUUUAGUAGUAUAGGUUGUGUUUUUGUAUUCCCCUUUUAACUGGAUAAUCCUUUUACUUUUUUUUGGUUCAUGGUUUUGGUGUUUCAAAUAUAUUGCGAUUAAUGA